AUGACUGGUUCUCCCCCUUCAGCAACGCCUCAAAACGACUUUGCUAGGCUUGAACCACGCGUCAAGUAUGUUUCUGAGGCCGCCAUAAGGAAGCAAUGGAAGAAAUUGCCCGCUUCUAGUCAUGCGCCAGCUCGUGAAGCUAUUAUACUGGCCAAGGAACAGUCUGGCAGUCGCAAAGGGGAGACUACGGCUGACAAAGCCACAGACGAUUUCGUAAAGGACGUUGCUAAUCGAUUACUCGAGCGUCUACCACGCAUUCCUUUUCCUCCUGGUACUGAUGAACGAUAUUUCGAUUACGAGGCUAUCCUCGAUCGAGCCUCUAAGCUAGAGGAACAGUUUACUAGCAAUACGCACUCAGCCAACCUCUUGCGAGCACAGAUCGCGAAGGAGGAAGAACUACUGAGGCAGGAUGAACAAGAGGUUACACGCCUGGAGCAGGGAUUGAAAGACAACGAGCUGAUAAGAAAGGAGCAAGCAAGGUCGCUGCAUCCCAUCGCACGCACGCUUGGUGAAAGCUCGAGUGGUGUUGAUCUCACAGCACAGACCAGUGGAAUAAAGAGCGAAAUACAUCUCUCCGAGUUAUUUCAGGACGAGGAUUUGCAACCCGUACUUAUUCAGCUGUUGAGCCACUUGGACAGCAUAGACGAAAACACUGAACAUAUUAGAGAGGUCAAGCGAAUGAUCGACGCGACCACUACGAAUCUAGAUGUUCUGGAAGCUGUGCAUGUCCACAUCCCUUCUGCCACUUGA